UCCAUCUACCUCGCUUCUCCUCCUCUUAUCACUCCAUCAUGAAGUCCGACUCUGUCGGCGCUGACGCGUACUCACUCCCAGCUCCCCCGCCCCUCCCCGGUGACGAUGCUGACCACCUCAAUCACACCCUUCAACCUCACCUCACCUUGACUCACAGACCAGCACCCCGACGCCUUCCCCAGCGCGGCGUGACCCCCUCAUUUUCCAUCGAGUCGUAUUACCUCUCCUUUCUGUUUGACAGCUCACCAAGUCUGGCCAGCUCGCUCCCGCACCUCACCCCCUGUCUCACUCUCACCAGCGGCCCGUCUACGCCCGCGGCACAACUCGAGUUUGUCGAGGAAGGUGGUCAUGCUGCGACUCGGAGUCCCCUUCCAAGCCAGAGCACGACGCGUUUCUGCUCCCCAGGCCUUCACGAGUCGCCUGGGCUGGUCACAGCGAGCGAGUGUGCUGUGACGAAUGCGACCGUCGGCGAAGCGCGCGAGUCUAUGCUGCCCAGUGUGCUUCCUUCUCUUCCAGUCGAGCCUGAUGAUAUGAAGGCAAUGGAAAUCGAUCCGUCCGCCCAAGACGCUCGAUCUCACCCGAGUGCUGAGCUUGAUUCCGAUGUGACCGUUCAUUCCAAGCCACCGCCUGCUCCAAGUCUCUGCGUUCACAACAUCAUGCCCGAUUCCCCGCCGACAAUGCCUCCGUGCCAUGCCCCCGUCUGCGACGCUGUUGAUUUAGCCCCUUCCUUGCACCCCAAACCCAGAAGCACACUAGGAGAUUUCCGACCUCCCAAACUGGUCACGCCUGAGGACACGCAGUGGUGUGCGGGCAAAGCCCGCCGGCAUCACGGACCCACCCAGAAGCGGCGGGCUGACUCAAGUUCCGACGCUGCACGCGAGCUCCACGACCUUGAAGUUGCGGCUUCCCGCGUACUUAAGCGGCCGUUCAAGCCUCCCACUGUCGUCAACCUGCCAGCUGUCAGACUCCGGCCCAGCCAGCAGACCCAGCCCGCAACGAAGCAGCUCAGUCGUCCAACUCGUCGGCUCGCGAAAACUACCCGCAUCAAGCCUUUCAUCCCGCCUACCAUGGCUGCACACGGCUCAUCCACUGUCUCGCGUCCUGGCUCCUUCAGCAAAACCCGAGUCAGCAGGGGCAGGGCCACGGACCUCAACCGCAAUCUGAUUUCCUCCCUAGAGGAGCGCCUCCGUCAGCUGCACAAGGCCAUUCAUCUCGAACACACGGGAGAAGACGUCGUUAUCCAGGGCCGCAUCCACACCUGGCGCCAGGCUGGGCGCGACGUCACCGACCUUCUCUUUGCGUUGAUCCCGGAGCCGCCCGACGAUACUGCACCCCACCUGCCCUUAUCGCGUUGGGACGACUGGGGAUUCAGCAACGACUCGAACUCGGCCGGACUCAGCUCUCGACAGCUAGAGUAUCUUCGCAACGCGCCCACCAACGCGAACGGCGAUGUGCUUGACGAGAGAGGUGAUCCCAUUUUUGGUGACUACAGUGACCCCGGAAGCUUCACAGACCAAGUCACUGGAACCGACGCCUACAUUCCUGCCUACGAGGCACAUUCCAUGGAGCACAAGCCAGCCAAGACCGAUCGUGUGUGGGACAAGAGCGCCAUGCUUCAGCGCUUCAGCGUUGACCCAGGCCUCCUUGGCUGGGAUCGCGAAGCCGAGGAUUGGACCGAAAUUCCUGAGUGGGAGGGCUGAGCGGUUGCAAACCGUCGAACUCGGCUGUACAUCUGAUUUCAUCUAUUGGCAUAAAAGGAGCUGCAGCGGUCAGUAGAUCUCGAUCAUGCAACUGUGGAGCAGUAACGCCUUUGUUGAGCAGUAACACAGCAGCAUGCAUACAGGGCAAUGCCACACCCCUCGGCCUGAGCCCAGACAUCU